CGACUCGAUUCAGCUGAGUUCAGUUGCGCCACUCGGCCGUGUGGUUCGCGUGCCGUCGCAAGCUCGCGGAAGCUCUGUCGCGCGCGCGAGAUAUCCUGAGAGAGAACGAUUCUCCCCUUUUUUAUUCUCUCCCCAUUCGCGGGCCGAUUAUCUCUCCCCGUUGCUCGCUCUCUUUCUCUCUCUCUCUCUCUCUCUCUCUCUCUCCCCCUCUUCUCUUCUUUUUUUUCUCUCCAUUUAUUUCCCGCCCUUCCAUCUCCUCUCGCUCGAGGAGUGCGCGAAAUACACGUACCCGAGAAGAAGAAAAGCUCGAGGGUGAGUGUCGCCGAGCCAUCGAUGUUUUCCUUCGCGGAGGUCAACGCACGUCACAAGGAUGCCUAACGAGAACGCGCCGGUGUGUGCCUGCGGCGUGGUGGUCGAUCUGUCCAGCAAGUCGCGAAACAGCUCGAUCGUCCCGCGAAAGCUGACGAUCCUCGUGCCGAAGUCGAAGGGUGGCAAGAGCUCGGACGGCAAGGCUGCGCGAAAGCAACAGGAUGAAGCGCGAGCGCCGAAGAGCCGCACUUCGAGCGAGACCGGCAGCAGCAGUUCGGUGAUGGAACCCAGGAGACCUGCGAUAAAGAACAGCAAACACGAGAAGCGGCUCAAUCAGUCGCGGAGGACCCGGAGCGCCGACAGGGCCGAGUCGCAUUACACUUAUAUCGAUUCGGGCUCGAGCAUCCUCGGCGACGGGAUCCGGGAGAGCACCAUACCCGAGGUGCUGUACGCCACCAUACCGGACACCAUACCGAGCGUCAAUGAGCCCGGGACUGGCCAGUUGAACUCGCAGUGCAGAUCGCAGCAGCUUUACGCCAUUCCGUCGAUGACGUCGCCGCCGCCGACGUACGACGUCGCGAUCGCGAAAACGCGGCAGACUGGCCUGCCGCCGACGUACGACGAGUACCUCUGUCACAAGUCUCGCUCGCACACCCCGCCGCCGCCGUGGUCCGACUCGGUCUCGAUCACGUCGCCCUCCUCGUUGUCAUCGUCGUCGAACUCGGCCUCGAGUACACAGUUGCGUCGCGAGCUGUUGGCCGAUCAACCGCAGCUCCGCGAGUACUUGGCGCAGCUGACGUUCGCCCAGCAGCAGCAUCAGCAGCAACAGCAGCAGCAGGAGCAGCUGGUGCAGCUGCAACAAUCCAGAGAGCUGUCUUCCUUGCCGUCGAAUCAGCAGAUCCUCAGGGAGCAGCAGGUCCGAGCGCGCGCACGAGCCAUGCCUCCCAGAUCGCAGAGCGUGAGUCGGGUGCAGCAGCAACGAAUCGCGACGAUGUACGAGGACGCGGCGUUCUGCAUGGAAACGACGGUGCUGCAGUCGGCUUUCGAUCAAGGAUUCGCCCUGUGCAGCUUGAUGUAAGAGGACGCGUGCUGCGACCACGUCGGGCGGGCUCGGGCGAGCCGCACGGCCACGCUGACGAAUCGCCAACCGCGUUCUUCGACCUCUCUCUCUGUCGCGAAAACUUGCCUGCCACGCAGGCUGGCGGGCCAGGCUGCAUCCGGACCGCCGCGACACGAGAUGCGGCGCUUUUGGCUUUGGCAAACCGCAAGCGAUCGAUGUUGGCGACACGAGACGCUCUUUGUCUCUAUCGAACGCCCUCGCGGAGUCGUGCAUGUAAUUCGCUGUCGAGUCUUCUAAAGCUAACGGUAGAGUCAAAAUUGCGCCGGUCCCGGCGAUCGAGAUCAGCGUCAGCCCGAGCCGCGGAACUCUGCUUCCGCGUUAAUCCGCCGAGUACUCCGGCGAAGUCGAAGAACCAACGGAAGCACUCGAGGUACAAUAUUGCGCGCGCAAGCUGUUAUCAUUUUGACGGUUAACCGCCGCUUUGCUCAAGCUUGAGGAGGAGCCAUUUAUUCAGCGAUUAUUUCAUAUCCCCUUAUGCCCCUCGGUACUCUCUAUUCGCGUCUUUAUUCUUUAUUCUUGACUUCAGUGUUAAGCAGCGUUAUCAAUCGCGUAAUUUAUUCAACCGCAGAGUGCGGCGAUAAAGUAGAUAUUAAUCGAUCUCGUGAAAAUCAUAGGUAAGUGGACGGACGAAGCAAGUCCUCUUCUUUCUCUAAUCUCUUUGUUGUUGCUUGCUGUUGAUGUUAGAAAUCUUCCGAUGGGAUUCAGAGAUCUAAAAUGGCUGGGAAAGGGAGUUGCGCAAGCCCCAACGCCGUCGCGAUUGCUGCGUCGCGUAUUCCGUUCUGUGGAGUUCUCCCUCCGAUCUUUGUCGCGGCCAGACAGGUUCGUUUCGCUUUCGCAAAAAAAACCCCGCAGCGUUAACCGCGCGGCGAACAACGGCGAUGGUACUUUCAGCAGUGUUGAAUCACUUGUGUUAUGCAACGUGUUUCCGAAUUUUCAAACUCACCGAGGUUCCUCAAGUUCGACGGAAUUUGCGGAACUAAUGUGGAAGCGUAAUCCCGAUCGAGGACAUUUCUACCUUCUCAGCAGAAUUCUCAACGGGAACGCGAAUCGGUCACCACAUCAAGUUGCCGAUCGCGAGAAACUCCGCGGUAUUUGAAAAGUCGAACACGCGUGAUUCCGACGUACGCGAGUACGACGUCGUUCGUACGAGCUUCGCUAAUUGGGACUGUGUCGGACCGCAGAUAACCUACGUAAGCAGAAAGAAGCCGGGAACGUCCCAUCGCCUAUCUGGAAAAAUUAGGGCGCGUUCGUUAACUAUCUUUAUCCCACGCGCGAGCGAGCUGUAUCCGUUCUAAUUCCAAUUGCCUUCGGUUCCCCUGGCUGGUCCGGGUCGCCAAGUUUCCCCAUUUCCUCCACGCGCUGGUCGCCGAAAUAACAGGUUUGGCCGUACGUGACACAUUUGCCAUCAUGAGUUUCGUUUCUUCGCGAAUGUAAAGCUCGCUCCUUGUCCAGCGACAAAUGUCGCUCGUGUCGUAGUUUUUUUUUUUUAUUUUUUUUUCAGGGGAGGCAAACCCCGAAGGGCCUGUCUCGCGUCGAACAUCGCUGUGAUUUGUUGAACAGUGGCGGCCGAGACCUCCGGCCAGCCGAAACUAAUACCGACAUUUUCCGUUGGACAUUUCCAACGAGAGAGAAAGAGAGAGAGAGAGAGAGAGAGAGAGAGAGAGAGAGAGAGAGAGGGAGAGAGAGAGAGUAACGCGACGAUGACGUACAAUCUCGUUUGUUUCUCAAAGUUAUAUUGUAAUUUGUAAUUUUUGUCUGCGACCGCCAACUCAACUGCUCGCAAUUUUAUUAUUAAUUCAUAGAGAAAGAGAGAGAGAGAGAGAGAGAG